AUGGUGAAUUUGUGGCUGCAGCCCUCCCCAAGAGACAUUUCACCAGUUGGAAAGAAAAAAAGUAACGAAAAGCACAGUAUUCAGGUUGCUUCUCAACAGGAAGAGAGUGAACCAACACUGCGUGACAUGGCCUUACUUAUUGAACAAGUCACUGGGGUUCCAAUUCCUUUUCAGAAAAUAAUAUAUAAAGGAAAGUCCUUGAAGGAAAUGGAACAGCCGUUGUCAGCACUUGGAGUUAGAAGUGGUUGCAAACUCAUGUUGAUUGGGAAAAGGAAUAGUCCAGAAGAAGAGGCUGAAUUAAAGAAAUUAAAGGAUUUGGAGAAGUCAGUGGAGCAAAUAGCUAAUAAAUUAGAAGAAAUUAAUAAAGAAUUCAUAGGUAUCCAGAAGGGCUUUCUAGCAAAGGAUCUUCAAGCUGAGGCACUGAAACAACUGGAAAAGAGGAUAAAAGGAACUGCUGAGCAGUUCAUGAAGAUCCUAGAACAGAUAGAUGCCAUUAAUCUGCCAGACAAUUUCAGUGAUUGCAAACUGAAAAAGAAGGGGUUGGUGAAAAAGGUUCAGGCUUUUCUUGCCCAGUGUGAUACAGUUGAAGGAAAUAUCGGUCAAGAAAUGGAUAAACUACAAUCAAAGAACUUGGCACUGGCAGAAUGAGGCAUCACUCUACCUAGGAGAAAUAAUUGCUCUAUGAGCAAGAAGAAAAGUUUGCUCUUUGUUUUGGAGCACAUAAUCAGCUUUUUUUUUUUUUUAGCCCAGUCUAUUUCGACGGGAACUAGUCAGUCAUUACUUGCUGGUUGUCACAUUUGCCACUCGGUUAAAGCUGUUCUUUCCAAAAGGAAAAAAAAUCCUUUUUUUCUUCAGAAAUCCUUCCUGAAGAAAUAGAGAAAUGUUUUUGUGGUGGGUGGUCAUGUAUUAUUAUUAACUCAAUAUUGUAUUAUGUUAUAAAAUUCCCUUGGGAGGGCAAGUUUGGACCAUUAUUUUCUCUCUUCAGUGUCCAUAAUGUUUUAAAUUAAUUUGCAGCUUGGAAAUCAAAAAACAGGUUUGGAAACUUUACAAUUUACAUCAUUUCAGGUGUAAGACUUGAUCUAACUUUACUGAAAAAGGCAAGCUGAGACAAGAGUUGGGAAAUCUACUAUUCUAAUAGCAUUCUUUUAGAGCAAUAAAAAAUACCUGACAUCCAUACCUAUUUAAUACUUGUUUAUGUUCAUAAAUAUAGGAAAGCUUGAGUACAGUGGAGGUGGUGGCUAUUUUAGCCUUAAAUUGUCUUAAAAAAUGGAACAUACUCUAACAUGUAUGGUACUAAUUUAUAACUACUGUUUUAAAUUUCUGUGAGCUUCUUGAUACUGUUGUUUUUCUUUAUACACAUUUCUGCUAUACUGUGUGUAUUUAUAGCAUAUAUAUUUUUCUGCAGUGCUAGUAAAAAUGUGAUGCUGUUCUUACAGAAGGGGGAUCAGUUAAAGCAAGCUGUGGGAUUGGAGCUAUUUUAUCAGUUUUCUUUGAGUUCAUGAUGCUCUGUUUUAAUGCAAUGAUUAUUUUUAAUCCCUUGAAGAGAGUAAGUGGAUGAAUAUAUACAUAAUGUGUUUUACAAGGUGACAUUUCAACACUAGUUGUUUUUUGGUGUUUUUUUUUUUAAAUACACUGCCCAAGUUAGCUUCUCCAUAAAGAGAGCUGCCCUUUUACAGCUGCCUGUAACAGAAAGACCCAUCACAUACAUAUCCAGUGCUUUGUGACAAAGGAAGCAGUGACCAGUGGGUCCUGAGCCUUUGACAAGCUUGAGUGCCCUCAACUCAUGGGAGUCAGGGGAAGUAGAAUAUGUUCAGGACAGGCCCUCAGAUAAAUGCCUGAGUAUCUCUCCUUUCCAGGUAUGUUAAGGUAAAGUCUCUUUACAAGGAAAAAUGUUAAGUGUAAAGAAUUAAACAAAUCCUAAUAAAGUAAGAAACCUCAAUGUGGAUAGUCCUCCAAUAUGACUCAAAUUCCUGAUUGGAGGACACUUCCCUAGUGAUGAACUGUCAUCAGAGAGGUGUGGAGUACAUCUGUGUUAAAAGUAGUAGCUGAUAACUUACCACGUGUACGUGGAUGAAGUGACCAUUUUUUUCCAGUUAAAUGGCAGUUUUCUAUCAGCUUUUCAUUUUAAACAAUUUUCAAGGUCUGUAGAAUAUUUUAAUAAGCUGGAGCUUGACAACCACUGUUGGUUAAGAUGAUUUAUUUGGUGUUUCUCAGCAUCAAUGUUUUUAUAAGAAUGAUUUUUAAGAUUAAAAAAUCCUGACGUUAGGACCAUGAUGUCAGCUUUUAGUACUGGCAUCAUAGUCUGCCAUGUUCACAUGGCCCUCCUGUAUUAGAGGAGAAGACUUCUAGUCAUUCCUAUGGAGCCUUGGUUAAGUAUAGCAAAAGUAUUGCUGCCUCUUGGCCAGAUCUUGCUAGCACUUAAACCAAUGGCAACAGUCCCAUUUAAUUCUGUUAGCCUCCAUUAUUAGGUGGUAAAUUAGUCCUCAUCUGCUCCAAAGGUAAAUGUUUUAACUACUUACAUGUUCAGGGGUGUCUGUAGUAUAGCGGAGUAUGUCGUUCUCUCCUGGUCAGGGCACGGGUUGCAUCUAGCUCUGUAACUUCUUUCUGUCCUGAGCAAAAGCAGUCAGAUCUUUGUAGUAUCAAGGCAGUUCAGUAAUAAUGGGCAAAGACUUCUUCACUUACUGUAAAUGUUAAGUGAAAUUUAUUAAGAUAUACUGUAAGAUACUAAUUUCUGACUGAAGAAUUUGAAGAACAUGGGCAUUUUGUUGCAUCUGUUUUCAGAUUUAUUAUGCACUGAAAGUUGUUAUUUUGAUAACCAAAUGUAAGAAUGGGUUAAUUAUUUUUUUAACAAAUGAAUGACUUUGCAUGUAGCAAGCUUCCCAAAGAUUUUAGUGUGGCUUGACUAGCGAAUAAUAAUAGUUUCUGAAGUAUGAGGUUUACAUUUGAUUUCACCUUCCCCAUAACACUGGCCUUAAUCUUUUGGGGUGGGGGGAGGAAAAACAAUAUUUUCCAUAUUGGCAAAAGUGAAAUGAACUAUUUUUGGAGAAGGGGGAGUAUAGGAAAAAAAUUGAAAUCAAUGGGAAUUUGGAAGAAUAAGAUGGGAUUCUGAAAUCAAACUUAAGCAAUACUCCUAUUAAUUAUAUAGGAUAGGCACACUACCCAUUCUGGUACUGAAUCAACUUUCCUUUACUUUAUAGACCUUUCCCCUGUCUCGGAAAGUAAAUAAGUUAUUUGCUUGGUAUUCAAUUCACUUAUCUCAGUAUUUUGUACCAAUUAUUAUUAUUUUGGAUCUGUUUGCACAUUUCAGGUUGACAUGCAUGCAGUGUCUUUCAUAGAAGACAACCUGUAUUGGAAGUUGCGAGUAAAACAACGCCUCUCUACUUUCCCUCCCACAAGUCCCCUUUUGGCUGCAAUAUGAUGUAAACCAAAACUGACAUCCUUAGAGCUGUAGAACCUCAGAGAAACAGGACUUCUUGUUCAUUAACUCUGAAGAAUAACAUAAACAUGUCAGACUUUUAGUGGUGUUGUCUAUGACUCAAGUUCUGUAAGUUACACUAUUGUAAAUCUGGAGUAAUGCCUUUGUAUUCAUCAGUGUUGCUCCCAAUUUGCAGUGGUCCAUGUAACAACAUAGAAUUUGUUGGGAUACUUUGGUUAACUUAUUUGUGUCACAGUGAAUGAAGGGAAAAAAAAUAAAAUGUGGAAAAUGCAA